AUGAGGAUCGUUGAGUUGAUCAUCGAUGGCUUCAAGAGUUACCAGGUUCGCACGGUAAUCUCGGGCUGGGAUGACUCCUUCAAUGCCGUCACCGGCCUCAAUGGCUCGGGAAAGAGUAACAUCCUCGACUCCAUCGCUUUCGUCCUUGGUAUCAACAAUAUGUCUACAGUCCGAGCACAAAACUUGCAGGAUCUGAUAUACAAGCGAGGCCAGGCCGGUGUCACGAAGGCCAGCGUCACGAUUGUGUUUGACAACGGCGACAAGAACAAAAGCCCCAUUGGUUUCGAAGAGUAUGCGCAAAUCAGCGUAACCAGGCAAAUCGUUAUGGGCGGCACUAGUAAAUAUCUGAUCAACGGUCAUCGCGCACAGCAACAGACCGUGCAGAAUUUGUUCCAAAGCGUCGGACUGAAUAUCAACAAUCCGAAUUUCAUUAUUAUGCAGGGACGAAUCACGAAGGUGCUGAACAUGAAGUCGGUGGAAAUAUUGGCCAUGAUCGAAGAGGCUGCUGGAACGCGCAUGUUCGAGGACCGCAAAGACAAAGCCAACAAGACCAUGGCCAAGAAGGAGAUGAAGGUCAAGGAGAUCGAAGGGCUCCUCAAAGAAGAAAUCGAACCGAAACUGGACAAGCUGCGCGGCGAGAAGCGAGCGUGGCUUGACUACCAGAAGACUCAGGGCGAGCUCGAGCGCCUCACUAGAGUGGUUGUGGCAGCAGAGUACGUCAGAGGAGGGGAGAAGAUGCGACAAGCCACCGACGAGCACGAAGCAAAGCGUGCCAAAAUGCAACAUCUUGAGGACAAUGCUGUCAAACUCAAGCGCGAGAUCGAAAACUUGGAAGAGGAUGCUCAGCGUGUCCGCGCUGUGCGGGAGAAGGAAAUGCGCAAAGGUGGUCGUUUCCAGGCUCUGGAGAAUCAGGUCAAAGAACACAGCCACGAACUGGUUCGGCUGGCGACAGUUCUUGACCUCAAGAAGAGCAGUCUGAGUGAGGAGGAAUCGCGGAAAAAGGAUGUCGCCAAAUCGGUCAAAGCGCUUGAAAAGCAAGUCGCUGAGAAGAAGGCUGCUUUCGAGAAGCUGCAAGCCAAUUACGAUUCCUCAAAGGCAGAAGUCGAUGCGCAGAACGCCGAGAUGGAGAGCAAAGAAGAAUUGCUCUCAACAUUACAGACUGGUGUUGCUUCACGAGAGGGUCAGGAGAGUGGAUAUCAGGGGCAGCUACAGGAGGCCCGGAACCGAGUCACCAGUGCCGGUACCGAGCAAGAGCAAGCCAAGCUCAAGAUAUCGCAUCUUGAGAAGCAGAUCAAGGAGGAUGAACCCCGCGCACAGAAAGCCAAAAAUCAAAAUGCUGGCCUCAUCAACGGUCUCGACAGCCUCAGGAAGCAAGCUGCGAAGUUGGAGGCCGAUCUCUCAAAGAUGGGUUUCGAGCCUGGCCGAGAAGAGGCGAUGCAGGAGAGGCAGACGACGCUACAAAAGACCAUUCGCAAACUCAAGGAAGAGGCUGAUGGACUGAAAAGAAAGGUCGCUAAUGUGGAUUUCAACUACAGCGACCCCUCACCUAACUUCGAUCGGUCAAAAGUCAAGGGUCUGGUUGCCCAGCUCUUCACACUUGACAAGGACAAGUCGAUGGCCGGCACAGCCUUGGAGAUCUGUGCUGGUGGUAGACUAUACAAUGUCGUGGUCGAUAGCGCAGAGACGGGCACACAACUUCUGCAAAAGGGCAAGCUGAAGAAGCGAGUCACUAUCAUUCCACUCAACAAGAUCUCGGCCUUUAGAGCGUCAGCAGAGAAGGUUGGUGCUGCUCAAAAGCUCGCUCCUGGCAAGGUCGACUUGGCACUUUCGUUGAUCGGUUACGACUACGAAGUCUCAGCCGCCAUGGACUUCGUCUUUGGCACAACUCUGAUCUGCCAAGAUGCCGAAACAGCAAAGAAAGUUACAUUCGACCCUUCCGUGCGGUUAAAGAGUGUGACUCUUGAAGGGGACGUUUAUGAUCCUUCUGGAACGCUGUCUGGUGGCAGCUCGCCCAAUUCCAGCGGCGUCCUGGUAAUCUUGCAGAAGCUGAAUGAAGUUACGAAGAACAUGAUGCAACAUCAGCAAGAGCUUGACACUCUGCGGCAACAGAUGCAGAGUGAACAGCAGAAAUUGGCAAGCAUUCGAGCAGUCAAACAGGAACUUGAUCUCAAGUCUCAUGAGAUCAAGCUUACAGAAGAGCAGAUCAAAGGCAAUUCAUCGUCGUCGAUUAUUGCAGCUGUUGAAGAGAUGAAAGAGUCCAUAGUGCAACUCAAACAAGCAAUGGCCGAUGCGAAGACGACUCAAGCCGAAGCUCAGAAGGAUGUGAAGCGUAUCGAGAAGGAUAUGGUUGACUUCAACAGGAACAAGGACAGCAAGCUCAAAGAGCUGGAGAAGUCUCUUGCUGAUCUCAAGAAGAACCUGUCCAAGACCACAGUAGCAAUAAAGACUAUGCAGAAGGAGCUCCAAGAAGCCCGCCUCGACUCUGAGCAGGCAGUGUCGGAUCUAGCUGCAGCGGAAGAACAGCUCGCGGAGGUCGAAGGCGGCAUUUCGGCGCAGAAUGAAGAGUUGGCAUCAUUGAGGGAAGAAGAGGCUGCUGCAAAAUCAGCGCACGAUGUUGCCCAAGCCGAGCUACAGGAAGAGCAAGCCAAACUCACCUCCUUUGACAACGAGCUUCAAGAACUCGAAUCCGCCAAAUCUCGGAAGUCCAAACAAGUCACCGAAGAGUCUCUCGAGGCGCAAAAGCUAUCCCACGCCGUCGAAAAGCUAGCCAAGGACUCCGCAGCAGCGGCAUCGCACGUUGCGUCCCUCGAGAAGGAACACGACUGGAUUCACGAUACCAAAGACCAAUUCGGCAAGCCCAACACACCGUACGACUUCCACGGCAAGAAUCUUGCAGAGUCCCGCGCCAUAAUGAAGAACUUGACCGAGCGAUUCCAAGGCAUGAAGAAGAAGAUCAACCCCAAGGUCAUGCCCAUGAUCGAUAGCGUCGAGAAGAAGGAGGCGGGACUGAAGAACAUGCUGCGGACGGUGGUGCGCGACAAGAAGAAGAUCGAGGAGACGAUCAUCACCAUCGAAGAAUACAAGAAAGAAGCCCUCCUCCAGACGUGGCGCAAGGUCACCGAAGACUUUGGCAACAUCUUCGCCGACCUGCUCCCCGGCAACAACAGCGCGAAGCUCGAGCCCAUCGACGGCGAUGUCUCCCGCAUCGGCGAGGGUCUCGAGGUGAAAGUCAUGCUGGGCAAGGUGUGGAAGACGGGUCUGGCCGAGUUGAGCGGCGGGCAGCGAUCUCUCAUCGCCCUCUCCCUCAUCCUCGCGCUCCUGCAGUUCAAGCCCGCGCCCAUGUACAUCCUGGACGAGGUGGACGCCGCGCUCGACCUGUCGCACACGCAGAACAUCGGGAGACUCAUCAAGACGCGCUUCAUGGGCAGUCAGUUCAUCGUGGUGAGUCUCAAGGACGGCAUGUUCCAGAAUGCGAAUCGUGUGUUUAGGACUAGGUUCAGUGAGGGGACGAGUGUUGUCAGCGUUAUGCAGUGA